GAAGAGUCACUUCCGGUGUGACGUCAUUUAUCUGUGUUGGUUAAUGGCGGUCGCUUAACAGGGUGGUCUGUAAACGUUUCAACUGUGAACUGUCGGUUCAUGCGCCGCUUUGACCAGAAAUUCACCCCCGGAUCGACGGAAAAGAAGCAAACGCGUUAARAAUGGAGGACGAAGAGGCUGAGCUUGAAGAUGAGUGUGAGGUGGCCGCGCUCCGUUUGAAAGCGGAGUCAUUGAAACAAGAGCUGAAAGAGUGCAGAGCCGAGCUGGUCAAGUUACAGAAGCAGCUGAGCCACUCAGAAAGGCUGCAGAAGAGCACAGAGAGCUACAAUGAAGACCUCAGGAAACAGGUGGACAAGCUGAGUGCAGAGAUUCAUGAACGGAAGAAGAAGGAUAAAGACAAAGUAAACAGUGAAACUCAGACAGAAGAAUAUGUAUGGACAGAAACAGAUUAUUACAACUAUUACUACGGAGGCUACAGUCAGAACGUGGAAGGGACAGACUCUCAGGAAAAUCUGAACUGGACGGCGGCAGCAGKAGAAACAUCAUCAGAAGCAGCAGCAACAGAAACAACAGCAGCAGCAGCAGUGGAUGCAGCUGAUUACAGCACAACAGCAGAAGUUUUACCAGCAAAUGAAGCAGCAACCACAGCUGUAACAGAUCCACCAGUGAGCAGUGAUGUAGUUGCAACAGAGGAGGGCGAUGGAGGAUCUAUAGCGGACAUGRUGAGGGCCACUGCUGAAGAGGCUAUGACCCAGACCGGGUUUGUGUUUGAUGAGACUUCUGGCAUGUAUUACGACCACAGCACAGGCUUCUACUAUGACUCGGCCAGUCAGUUGUACUAUGAUGCCAACACGUGUAUAUACUACUACUACGAUGCAGAGAGCGGACGCUAUCAGUUUCAUUCCAGGAUUGAGAUGCCUGUUGCACAGAGCAGUGCUGAGCCAAGCCAAGAAACAUUUGAUGUUGACAAGAAAUGGAGAAAGUUCAAAAGAGGAGUCAAGAAAACAUCACAUCAGGAUGAAAAGGAAAUCAAAUCCGAUGACCCAAAGCACGAACAAGAAGAAACAGACCGAUUGGAACCUCGAAAAUCACGCCGAAGGUCUCUCAGCCCGAACUCUGCCCAGAGUAGAAAAGACUCCUCUAAACAUCGAGAGGAAGGGGACAGAUCGUCAUCGAAGAGAAAGAAGCUCAAAAAUGGCUCGCACCACGAGGAUAAGGGCCGACUGAAGAAGAAGAAAAAGAAGAAAUCAAAAUCAGAAAAGCACAAAAAGAAGAAGAGCCGGCCUCGGAGCGAUGAGUCAGCAGGCAACAGCGAACCAGAAGAGGGGGAGAUCACAGAGUCGGAGAGGGAGGACCGAGAGUCCACCCCCUCAUCUUUGUCAUCAUCCAGCUCUAAAAGGUCCAGAGAAAGUCCAGAGUCAGAAAUGGAAGUGCAAAGUCAAGAAGUGAGGAGCAUCUGGCCUCCUUGUGUUAGAGUGACAGUGGUGAGGUCUCCUGUUCUGCAGGUGGGAACUCUGUUCAUCAUCACAGCCGAUUCUCCGGCAACAUUUGGCAGAGAGAAAGAUAUGGACCAUGCAGUUCGAAUACCAGAAAUUGGUGUCAGCAAGUUCCACGCUGAGGUGUAUUUUGACCAGGAACAGCAGAGCUACAUGCUGGUGGACCAGGGCAGCCAGAAUGGAACAGUCAUCAAUGGUGGCCGCAUAUUACAGCCGAAAACCAAGUCUGAGCCACAUGCACUGAUGCAUGGUGAUGAAGUUAAAAUGGGAGAGACCGUGCUGUCCUUUCACAUCCACUCAGGGACAGACACCUGUGAUGGCUGUGAGCCAGGACAGGUGAUGGCUCACCUCAGCAAACACAGGAGAGAGGAGGACACCGGACCUGGUCUCACCAAAGAGGAUAAAGAGUCACUGAGGCAGAAAGAGCUGAAGCAAAUGAAGGCCAAAUACGGCCUGCAAAGCAGUGAGUUUGAGGAGACCAAAGCCCUGAAGAACCCCAGAUACAGAGACAGAGCUGAGUCUCGACGUCAGACUGUGGGCAGUGAGGGUGUUUUCCAACGAGAUGACGCCCCUGCUUCAGUACACGAGGAGAUCAGUGAGGUCAAUAAAGGCCGGAAGAUGUUGGAAAAGAUGGGCUGGAAGAAAGGAGAGGGACUGGGUAAAGAGGGAACAGGAAUGAAAGACCCGAUUGAGCUAAAAAUCAGGAAGCCUCAGUCAGGAUUGGGAGCAGGUGGCGUCACGUCUGCGGACAUUAUGUCUGUGGCCAGAUCCAAGUCUCAUAAAAACUGGGAGAAAGCCCGUGAACGGUUCGCUGACUCGUGUCAGUCUGAUGCUACCAAAACACAGACGAAUAAAUCUCCUCAAGCCUGGGUGAAAUCAGACGAGGUGGAGGCGUCACAGACGAGUGUCGAAACAAACAGCCAAAGUUAAAAGAGCAAGAGGUGUUGCUGAUUUAAAAACUGAACUGUUUAAUGAACAAAAGGAGUCUCUACUUUGUAAGAUCAGGUUUCAAUUUUCUUUUAUCUCUUGACUUAAAACCUCACUAAAGGCAUUUGAUUUUACUGAAACCAUGACAGCUGCUGUCAUGAUUUUCUGUCAGUAUGAACUAUUUUCAACUUGAGUGCUUUGCUUUGUACACAGCCAGAAACUGUUCUGUAAUCUGUUUUUUUCUUGUGUCAAACAUAUCUACGAUCAGUGUCUGAGCUGCUGUGCUUCCAUCCUAGUAUUAAAAGAAGUCGAGCAAACAUUGACGCAGUCCGGUUAUACUUCGCACAAUGAGUUUAUACUGUAAGAGGAACGACUGUGGACUUUUUCUGACAAAAUUCCUACAGAUGGUGUUAAAKCAGUCAAAAGCUCCUUUAAAAAAACUAAUUUGACCAUUAAAUUUAGUUUUUUCAUAA